UUUUAAAUUUACAUAAUCGGACCCAAACCGACUCGUCGCAAAUAUAAAAAAUAAACCCAGCGGGGCAGCCGGGUUUGAUCAGAGCAGAGCAGCUUCUGGGGUCCGAUCGCAUGGCGUCCCCUUCUCCUCCAAUUCAUUUCUCCGUCCCACCAGACCCCGGUGGGGGACCCCUUAUUAACAAUGGCAGCGAACCUCCUGUUCCCAUUUAUAUCGUAACUGAUGCAUCUCAGCUUCCGAACGAAUUUCUGCACCCUUCUCCAGACAGACAAUUGGUGAUUGGUCUUGAUUGUGAGGGUGUUGACCUUUGCCGAGCUGGAACUCUUUGUAUAAUGCAGCUUGCUUUUCCAGAUGCUAUAUAUCUUGUUGAUGCUAUUGAGGGGGGGGAGACGCUUAUUAAAGCUUGUAAGCCUGCACUUGAGUCUGUUAACAUCACUAAAGUUAUUCACGAUUGCAAACGAGAUAGUGAGGCACUUUACUUCCAGUUUGGCAUCAAAUUGCAUAAUGUUGUGGAUACCCAGAUUGCUUAUUCUUUAAUUGAAGAGCAAGAAGGUCGUACAAGAGCUCCAGACGACUACAUAUCAUUUGUUGGGCUCCUUGCAGAUCCACGCUAUUGUGGUGUUUCUUAUCUGGAGAAGGAAGAAGUUCGCUUCCUUCUUAGGCAGGACCCCAACUUUUGGAUCUACAGGCCGCUGUCGGAACAGAUGGUUCGUGCUGCAGCAGAUGAUGUUCGUUUUCUUCUUAGCAUCUAUGAGAAGAUGGUAGAGAAAUUGAAUCAGAAAUCUUUGUGGUAUCUUUCUGUUCGUGGUGCACUAUAUUGUCGAUGUUUCUGCAUAAGUGACAACAAUUAUGCGGACUGGCCUUCUCUCCCUCAAAUUCCAGCUAGCCUCAUUGCAGAAAGUGCUGCUCUAGAGGAAGAAAUUCUAUCAGUACUUGAUGUCCCCGCUGGAAAAAUGGGAUGUGUAAUUGGAAGAAGAGGGGCGUCGAUCUUAUCCAUUAAAGAGUCUUGCAAUGCUGAAAUUUUCAUUGGAGGUGCGAAGGGUCCGCCUGACAAGGUGUUUAUUAUUGGCCGAGUGAAGCAGGUGAGGAAGGCAGAAGCCAUGUUAAGGGGGAAAAUGCUAGAAAUAUAUUAAGACCUCGUGUAUAUCGGCCUUUCAUUUCCGAUGUCGGCAAGAAUAAGCUCAACAAGAUAUGGAAUACAGUUAAUGUGCCACCCACAUACGAUCACAUGUUAUUGUGUACAUAUCAUCACAGUUGUCUUGAAGCAAUCUGUUUUUAUUUACUUGCUCUUAAAGCUCAACAGAGAAGAAUGUUAACAUUUGUGUCUUGUAUUUUUGAUGAUUUUAUUUACAGUAAGGUGGUUAUCAAUUUUCGCAAA